AUGUGCUCAUUCUUCAAAACAAAGGAAAAAGAUAUGGAGAAAACCAAGUUUCUAACAAGUCUAGUAGUUCUAACACUUCUGUUGUCAUAUGCAAAUGCAACCUUGUCAGAGCCUAAAGCUAAGAAGCACUUUGUGCUAGUUCAUACGGCAGGCCAUGGAGGCUGGUCCUGGUACAAGAUUGUGGCAUUGCUCAGAUCUUCAGGGCAUAAUGUCACUGCUCUGGACUUGGCUGCUUCAGGAAUCAACCCGAAACAGACCUUCCAAGUCCCACUUUUUUCUGAUUACUUGGUUCCGCUAAUGGAGUUCAUGGCUUCUCUUCCUGCACCUGAAAAAGUGGUUCUUGUAGGCCAUAGCUAUAGUGGACUCGCCAUUACUAAAGCAAUGGAAACCUUUUCAGCAAAAAUUUCAGUUGCUGUAUUUGUCACUGCUCUGAUGCCUGGUCCAAAAAUCAAUGUAACCACAGUCUACAAUGAGUUAAUCAGGUCGGUAUCUAUACCUGAUAAUAGUUUUACAUUCGAUAAUGGGCCGACGAAUCCUCCAACCACCUUCAUCCCAGGUCCAAUGUACAUGGCAACUAAUAUGUACCAGAGGAGCCCAUUUCAGGAUUUGACGUUGGCCUAUACACUAGUAAGGCCAACACACUUCUACACUGUGGAAGAUGUUUCUAAGGAGGCAGUUUUUACAAACAAUAGGUAUGGAUCAGUUAGGCGAGCAUUCAUUGUUGCUGAUGAAGAUAGACUUUUGAAGAAAGAAUUUCAAAGGUUGAUGAUCCAAAAGAAUCCACCAGAUGAAGUGGAAGAGAUCCAGGGCUCUGACACAAUGAUGAUGAUGUCUAAGCCCCAACAACUUUUUUUUACUCUUAUAAGAAUUGCCAAAAAGUAUAACUAGUAGUUGUUAAUUAUGAAGAAUAAGGGGGACAUGAGUAAGGCUGAGAAUAAAACUCCAGUCAAAUUCACAUAUAUAUGGUGAUCUCAGUUCUUUCAUACAAGUCCUAGUUAAUUUUCUCUUUCAGGUGUUGAUCCCUUCUAUUGGGAUUCAGUGUUUGGAAUUGACAUCAAUAAAUGACCACUAUUUCCUAUAAUUACUGAAUUUUAGUUC